GAGAGAGAGAGAGAGAGAGAGAGAGAGAGAGAGAGAGAGAAUGGGUUGUUUGCAUUCGAAAACUGCUCAUCUUCCUUCUCCUGAUGAUCCAUCAGUUCCAAACAAACCAGAAUCAGUUAAUGAGGACCAAGUAGAUCAGGAGAGUCAAGUUCCAGUUUUCAAAGAGUUUGAUCUAAGUGAAUUGAAGAAGGUAACGAACGGGUUUAGUCCCAGCUGCAUUGUAUCUGAAGGUGGAGAGAGAGCUCUCAAUGUGGUUUACAGAGGAAAGCUUGAAGGCAAUCGUCUCGUCGCCAUCAAGCGAUUCUCUAGACAGGCCUGGCCUGAUGCUCAGCACUUUGUGGCGGAGGCGACUGGUGUUGGUAAACUUAGAUUCAACAGAUUGGUUAAUCUGAUUGGUUGUUGUGCUGAAGGGGAUGAGAGAUUGUUGGUAGCUGAGUAUAUGCCUAAUGAUACACUCUCAAAGCAUCUUUUUCACUGGGAAAAACAGCCAUUUCCUUGGGAAAUGCGUGUUCGAGUUGCAGAUUUUAUCGCACAAGCACUUGAUUACUGCAACAUCGAAAACCGAAAGCUUUAUUAUGAUUUAAAUGCAUACAGAAUCCUGUUUGACGAGGAAGGUGAUCCUCGUCUAUCAACUUUUGGUCUUAUGAAGAAUAGUAGAGACGGCACAAGCUUCAGUACCAACUUAGCUUAUACGCCACCCGAGUUUCUACGAACAGGUAAUAAAACUUACUUCAAGAACAUCUAUAAUCAUAGCUUUCUUUUGUUUCUGAUUUUGUUGAAUCUAAAGAGAGUUCUUUCUCUUUUUGCAGGUAGAGUCAUUCCUGAAAGUGUAAUAUACAGUUAUGGAACUAUUCUUAUAGAUCUUUUGAGUGGCAAACACAUUCCACCGAGUCAUGCUCUUGACAUAAUAAGAGGGAAAAACGUGUUGCUACUUAUGGAUUCAUCACUUGAAGGGCAAUAUGAAAACGAAGACGCAACUAAACUUGUUGAUCUUGCUUCAAAAUGUCUUCAGUCUGAGGCAAAAGAUCGUCCUGAUACCAAAUAUCUUCUCUCUUCAGUGCCACCACUACAAAAGCAGAAAGAGGUUGCUUCUCAUGUCUUGAUGGGUUUGCCUAAGAAUAGAGUUAUACUACCAACUCUGCUUUCUCCUCUUGGAAAGGCUUGUUCCAGAAUGGAUCUUGCGGCUGUUCAUGAGAUUUUGCUUAAAGCUGGUUACAGAGACGAUGAAGGAGCGGAGAACGAGCUUUCAUUUCAAGAAUGGACACAACCAGUGCAGGAGAUGCUCAACACAAAGAAAUUUGGAGACGUUGCUUUCAGAGAUAAGGACUUCAAGAACGCUAUUGAAUGUUACUCGAAGUUGGUGGUGAUGAUGUCUGUUCCAUCUGCGACGGUUUUCGCAAGACGGGCAUGCUCCUACUUAAUGACGGAUCAACAUGAACUUGCGCUGAGAGACGCAAUGCAAGCUCAAGUUUGCAUACCGGAGUGGCCUACUGCGUUUUAUCUGCAAGCUUUAGCUCUUUCAAAGCUUGGAAUGGAGACGGAUGCUAAUGAUAUGCUUAACGAUGGUGCUGCGUUUGAAGCUAAGCGACAACAACAGAACAGUUGGCGUUGUUAAAAGGGAAGAAACAGAGAGAAAAAAUGAAAGUUCCAAAUAUUUUUAUGGGUCCUUUCUAGAAACUGAAUCUAUUUUGUGUUCAUUUGAUUUGAAUGGGUAUAAUAAGCUAGAGACACAUUUAUAUCUAAUAUGUUAUUUUAAAUCGUUUUCUGCCAUUUUGUAUAGCUGGUAAAACAAAAAAAUGUUGUAGAGCUUUUCGAAAAGUUUCACAUAUGA